GCAUCUGCGUCUGUGUGCAAAUAUUUAAUCAUGACAAUAUUUAGUUUGAGGGUCCCUUUGAAGCCUUCAAGAUUAUCUUAUUUGAAGGACGAUUUGGUGCUCCUGGACAAGAUUAUCUUAUUUGAACAAGCAAAACCAAUCGUCUCCUCUUAGAACUACAAGUAGCCCCUGAAAUUCUGUCAACACUCUGUCAGAAAAUCAUACCAUACUUGAAAUCAAAUAGAAAGUGUUGAAACUUGUCUUACAAAUAACUGUAGAACUGAUCUCCGAGUUAGCUGUGUAAAACCACUUUACAAUGUACGCCACAAGAAUAAUAAUAACAAAAGAAUGACAGACUCAAGCUGUGGAUACAUCUUUUUUGUUGUUGUAAGGCAACAGUAGAUAGAGAAGCAUCAUAGCAGUACUUUCAGGGCUCUGAAUUCUGAUAAAGCAGCCUUGUAUUCUAUUUGUUUCUUCAUUUUCCAAAAAACAAUCUUUUAUGCUUUGAGUGUGUCCUACCAAAUCAUGCUCUUGGGCAUCAACCCAAUUGCAAAAUGAAUUAAUUCUAUUCUAUAUCAGGCCUGCCCAGUAACAAGACUCAAGUAUGAUGGCGAUUUUAAAUAUAAGAUUGCCUGCUUAUUUAGUGCCCCAUUCAUGCCCUCCCCCAUGUCUUUUUCUCCGCUGAGCAACAUUUUAAAGACCACUUCCUCUACGUCCUUCUCUUUGUUGUCUCUCGUUGUCUAAACCAUGCUUUCUCCAACAAGGAAGGCCAUGACAAUGGCUGCUCUUAUUCUUCAUCUUUGCAUUUGCAAGGAGAUUGUUCCCUCUUAUGCUCAAUCUGACAAGAUUAUCAGCCUUCCAGGGCAGCCCCCAGUGGGGUUUCAUCAGUUUUCAGGUUAUAUUCAUGUAGAUGACCAAAAGCACAGAGCACUGUUUUACUACUUUGUUGAGGCAGAAACUGACCCUUCUUCGAAGCCUUUGGUUCUCUGGCUGAAUGGAGGGCCUGGUUGUUCUUCCCUGGGAGUUGGGGCGUUCUCAGAAAAUGGACCUUUUAGGCCAAACGGGGAGGUUUUAGUGAAAAAUGAAUACAGCUGGAACCGAGUAGCAAACAUGUUAUACUUAGAGACACCAGCAGGAGUUGGGUUCUCUUAUGCUCAUGAUAGCGCUUCUCAUGGGACAAUGGACGACGAGGCCACAGCAAAAGACAAUCUCAUAUUCUUGCAAAGGUGGUUCAACAAGUUCCCUCAUUACAAGCAUAGAGCUAUAUUUCUAACAGGGGAGAGUUAUGCAGGUCAUUACAUUCCUCAACUGGCAAGGCUUAUGACUGAAUUGGACAGAAAGGAGAAGAUAUUUAACCUGAAGGGAAUUGCUCUAGGGAAUCCGGUUUUAGAGUAUGCCACAGACUUGAAUUCAAGGGCGGAGUUCUUUUGGUCGCAUGGAUUGAUAUCAGACUCCACUUACACAUUGUUCACUGCUGCUUGUAACUAUUCCCGAUACGUUAGUGAGUACUACAGAGACUCCAUCUCAGGGGUUUGUUUGAGGGUGAUGACCCAAGUCAAUACAGAAACCAGUAAAUUCGUGGACAAAUAUGACGUUACUCUUGAUGUCUGUAUUCCUUCAGUGCUCUCGCAGUCCAAGUAUUUAAGCCCACAGCAUGUCCGAGAGAGGAUAGAUGUUUGCAUUGAAGAUGAAACUGUUAAAUAUCUGAACCGAGAGGAUGUGAAAAAGGCUCUUCACGCCCGUCUUGUCGGAGUCCACAACUGGGCUGUCUGCAGCGAAGCCCUGGACUACGAGCUUCUCAACCUGGAAAUUCCUACCAUUUCCAUUGUUGGGUCACUUGUUAAAGCCGGCAUACGGGUCUUGAUUUACAGUGGCGAUCAGGAUUCAGUAAUUCCAUUGAUGGGUAGUCGUCGGUUGGUUGAUAGGUUGGCAACAGAGCUGGGUCUUAACACUAGUGUUCCAUACGGUGCUUGGUUCCAGGGAAAGCAGGUCGCAGGUUGGACCCAAGUUUAUGGUGGUAUCCUUUCAUUCGCGACCAUUCGAGGUGCCUCUCAUGAAGCACCAUUCUCGCAACCUCAAAGGUCACUUCUGCUAUUCAAGUCGUUUCUGGAUAACAGGCCUCCACCCCAAGUUUUCUGAUGCAGACUUAAUGUAAAAGAGACGAUCAAGCAUUCUUGGCAAUGAAAAACAACCUCCCAUUUGCAAUUCA